AUGACUGGCACAGGGGAAGAGGUAUAGUUUUAAAUACUUAAACUUUGUGGUGUUUCAGCUUUUUGAGUACAUAGCUACCACUCUCCAGAGCUUCCUGGCGCGUUUUGGUAUUGCUGACAAAGAAAUGAAACUGGGUUUCACAUUUUCCUUCCCUUGCGAACAACACGGAUUAAACAAAGCGAUCCUCGUGCGUUGGACAAAGGGCUUCGACGCCCGUGAUGUCGUAGGGAAGGACGUUGCUCGCCUUCUCCAAAACGCAAUUGAUAAAACGGUAAGCAAACAGUAGUUGGCUUGUGAGGGCUUCACUUGACAUAAAUUCAUUCAUACUUUUCCGAGAUCGUACCACACUAGCAUUGGCUGUAGAUUAUUCGGACCUUUGUCGACCACCUUAAUGACGAUUCGCACAUCCAUGCUAUCAUUUGAAUUUUAUUAUCUGUACGACAUUUCCGAACACAUUCGUUGUGUGUCGUAAUGACAAACCGUAAAUGCACAGACCUGCGUCCACUUUACAAAACAUUUGCUCAAUGCUUUCUUCUGUUAUUAGUUAACAUUAAUAUUAGGAAUACAAACAAUAUCAAUUAAGCCUUUAAGACUCGAUUUUGCUCACUGCUGUAAAAGUCUUUGUAUCUUUGGUUUGUUUCGGCGAUUUAAAAGUGACAUGUUUUAACCACUCAGAACACUGGUGAAUUUUAUUUGAGCCCUAACUUAAUCUGCGUAGUAUAUUUGCAUGCUCAUCGUUCUGUAACUGUUUUUAAAAAUUGUAGGGCCUGAAAAUUCAAUGCGUGGCAGUCGUGAACGAUACAGUCGGCACAUUGGCAUCAUGCGCGCUCGAAGAUCGAAAAUGUGCCAUUGGCCUAAUUGUUGGUCAGUUUUCCUGGACAGUUAUUACUAAUAUAUAUGAUUAACUUGUGUGCCAUAUGUUUUUAUGUAUCUUAUACAUAACUUGGCAUUAUUCAAUGAUUUAUAGGAACUGGGACAAACGCUGCCUACAUCGAAAAGUCCGAAAAUGUUCCCUUUAUGCAUGAUAUACUGGCCUCGAGGAAUAGUCCACCAGUAACAGAUGAAAACGUCAUAAUUAACAUGGAAUGGGGUGCCUUUGGUGAAGAAGGCAGUCUAGAUCCUUACCUGACUCACUACGACAAACUCAUUGACAAGGACAGUCUUCAUCCCGGAAAGCAAAUGUAGGUCACGUAAUAACCUUUUGUUUCUCAUGGCAUGUUUCUUCCUUUAGCUUCGAAAAAAUGGUUUCUGGAAUGUACCUUGGAGAGCUGGUCCGUUUGAUUAUCCUUGAUCUCGUGGACCAGAAACUACUUUUUAGAGGCGACUUGCCAGAUUCUCUCAAAGCCGCCCAAUCGUUCCCGACUAAAUAUAUUUCUGAGACCGAAAGGUAAGCUUCUGCUUAACAAAUCAUGUUUUUUUUGUUAAAAUGGAGGUAUAUUAGACGUUGGUUUGCAUUACCUUGUUAACCGUAUAGAAUUAUGACAUUCAUUUCCAACACUGAUUUAGCGGUUUCAUAGAUGAUUUUUGCUUGUAAAAUCAGACAUCCCUGUAAUUUUGAAAAUCCCGAGCAACCGUACACCAUUUCCACGUUUGGACGUUGGGGCAAUACAUAACAAAGACGAAACGCAAUCCCUCCUUGACACAAAUAAUUGUUUCUUCGCCAUUACGCCAUCAGAUUUUUGAAAGUGAUUAGCCAGUGUAUCCCACUUUGUCGUUUCACGCAAAGGACCAGCCCAUUGCGACAUGGUCAUUCGAACAUAGAAAUGAUGGAAAUUUACAAAUGGGCCCACAAAACUCUUUUGGAUGGCUUAAUGCAUUUCACGGACGCCCACAUCACGAAUUGUGUAGCAAAAGUAAUGUCCACCCCUAACUUGCGAUUUGUUUUAUCUCAGUAUUCACUUCUAUGAAUACUGCACUUUUACAGAACAGCAGAAUUUUAACUGAAAAGUUCACUUUAACAAAACAUUCCCAAUGCUCAUUUCUUUGCUAAGAAACGAAGUAUUCUGUUUCCUUUACAGGGACCCACCACAUCUGUUCUACAGUACCCACUAUAUGCUGACGGAAGACUUAAACGUCCCAAUAGUGGAGCCCAUUGAUGACCGUGUGGUUCGCUACGUCUGCGAAGUUGUAGCCCGGCGCGCAGCGUACCUUGCGGGAACAGGUAACUCUAAAGCUUUGCCACUGGUCCCUGUUUUCGCUUGAACUUAAUCAUUUACUUGGAAGGUUACGUCCAUCUCCUGUGUCCGGAAAGGACGUGGUUUUGGACACUUAUAGACUCUGUGGUAUACGGUGCGCAUUGGUGUUAUUUGUUUGUCUUUGUCUUGAAUUUUUUGGAAAAGCAAUGGUCCGUUGUCAUUGGUCAAAAACGUUAAUAUUAGAGUAAACGGUACAGCAUUUCCAAGGGUUUUUUUUCGUAUGGUUGCUGCUUUUAACCACGCACCCAGCCCGCUCUGGAAAAGGUCCAGAUUCUCACCUCAAAUAAUAGUUGGCAUAAAUGAAUGACGCUUUUCUCUUCUGUUGACUAACGGGGCCAUUACUAAUGUCCUUUUUUGGACAGCCGUUUUCUUUGUGAAGUUCGUCUUGUGCGACUCUCCUUACGCUGCCCGUGCGUCUUGUUUGCGCUGAACACUGAGCUAUCAUAUUAUCCACACAGAUCGUACGGGGGUACGGUUAAAAUAUUUGUCAUAUCAACAGUAAGCCAGUGCAGGCUGCGGGUGUGCCAUUCAUAAUCAGACUGCGGAAAUACGAGGAAAUAAUGCUGGUCCCUGGAGAAUGCAGUUUCUGAACGGGGCAAUCAUGACCUAGUGGAAAAUACCGGAAUUACAAAGAUGUGCUUGUUAUUGGAGGUGUUUCUUCUGUCCAACUUUAUUCAGAGGAUGCAGCAAAGCUCAUUGCACCUAAACUUAGCAUAUACCAUUAAUUGCUGAUUGACAGUUUAGUGAAAAUCUCUCGGUCGAGUGCUAAUUGGGUCGAUAACACCAGGCUUUGUAUUUUGCGGAAGUUUACGCUACUCUUCUGAUCUCUUUUUUACAUAUUUUGAAAAGCGGUUUUGCAGCUGGCUGUUCUGGUUUAUAAUAAUGGCAUGACAGUUUCCAGUCACAGUAACAGUACCGUAACUAGGUUGGAACGCCCGUGUUUGACGUCUGCCAUCUGAUUACCAUUCACUUACUGUUUUCCUUAAAACUCCCGUCUCUCCACUCUAGACUGCGGCAGCCUUGAAUACCAGUUUAUUCGAGUCUAGACUGCACAUUAGAAGUGCCGCAGCCGUCAACUUGAGUCUGCUUGAAAAUCAUUUAUUCAUCUUUUUGAGUUCUUACUGAAUGUUUAUUGAUGUACAGAAACCGUACAAAAAGUGCUGACCACAUUCAGUGUUUCCCAGUUGUUACCUCACUUCCCUCAUUUCAUCACUAGGUAUUGCCGCGCUUCUACAUAAACUGGGACGAAAACAUGUGACCAUUGGCAUAGACGGCUCGCUGUACAAAUUCCACAUCAAGUUUCGUGAACAUAUGACUGACAUUAUCGACAAACUCAGACCAGAAGGAACCCAGGUAAGGGCCUUUGGCUUGCGGUUUAUGAAAAAUCAGUCUCAUUUUCCCAGCAUGUAGAUUCUGAUGAAUGGUAUUACCGACAAAGACAAGGGAGACUGGAAUGGCCAUUUCUGGCUUAUUAGCCGUCGUCAGCCAGCCAUACCCAAGCCCGAAGUGUGGAACACCCGAGCCUCGAACUCGCGACCUGUUGGUUUAGAAGUCAACGCCUCUACUCACCGGGCCACGAGCCCGUUGCCUUGUCGGUUUUCGAUCGGGAAUAUACAAUGUUAGGGGGGGCGCUCACCGAUCGUUCAUACGGAACUCACUCGUUCCGUUGUGCCUUAUGGACUCUCUCUCGAGCCCAACCAGCAGCCGCACAGCGGCGCAUGAUAUAUAGGCAGAUUCUGAUGAAACUAUCAAAGAAUUUCUGCAACCAGAAGUAUCGGCAAUCGCCUGUAGCUUUUUGAAUAUAAAACUAACUUCAGUUUAGUAUAAACGGGUAUACGGAACUUUAGAUGCCAUCGGCCUAUCAAAUGACUUUCCUAUUUUUACCUUGUAAAAAAUUAAGAGCUUAUCCCAAUUGACGCUCAUAUCAUAAGUGUCACUUAUAACCUUGCGUGCGUAGACAUUUUACGAAAGUUGUCACAUCUUUAUCAAGCCAAUGCCGGAAUUCCGGCUUUGUGAAAGUCUCUGGAAAACGCAUAGACAACGUUGACUUCACAUGCUGCGGCCGCAGCUUAGGUUUUGUCUGAUGCCUGCUUUUUAUUCGCAGUCUGCUUUGCUGCUUUUAACUGAUUGGUUAAAUUCUGUCGCCUUUCGGCUAGUUUACUGGCCAAGUGUUUAGUCACGUCAGCUCUUUCCUGAGGUAGAUUUAUCUAGAAAAACUCCUUCCGUAUAUAAAUUGGCAUAGCCUGCCUGCCUAUUUAGGAAAUAUGUCCGAAUACACUUUUGGCAUAAUAGUUUGCAGUCCGUCUCCUACGGCCGUUUGGUACGCAACAAUGGUUGCGAAAUCAGACACUUAAUUUAUCAACGCAACUUUGGUGGUAUGGCCAUACCUCCUGUGCCAGAAGUAAUAAUCAGAGGAAUGGGACAGGUCACUAAAAUUCAAUUGCUUAAUUUUGCAAUUUAAAGAAGACGGGUUGUAAAGCAGCCAUGUCUAGUAAUUGAUUAUAAAGUAAAUGCUGUUUAAUUAACAACGAGAUGGGAGUGACUACCUAACUUAAAGGCCAGUCUACCGAGCGGUAUGCUAUUGCUUCUGUCAUAAAACGAAGUCUUUAGGAAAGUCCUUUUGGUCAGAAACGUAAAGCGAUACAUUCUUACCUAGAAUUCAUGUUUUCAUAAACUAGUCAGCUCUGCUCCGGUCAGCUUAUAUGUUUCAUAUAAUGUCUCCCAAUGCGUUUUUUUUACCGUGAGAUGGGUAAUUCUCAACAAAGUAAUUUUUAAUUAUAACAUUAGUUUUGAUUUGUCUUUUAUUUUUAGUUCCGUUUGAGAUUGUCUGAAGAUGGCAGUGGCAAAGGAGCUGCCGCCAUUGCAGCUGCUGCAACUCGCACUUACUGA